UGCACGAAAUGUGUCAGAAAUUAGUUUGAAAACAAGAAUUUUAACUCAAAUUUGUGAUUGUUAAUACUUUAAAAAAAUACGCAGUUUUACAGCUAUGGAUUUGGACACUAUUUGCCCCGAUUUAAAUGGCUUGACACGCGCCUUAGCCCAGAUAGUGCACAAGGACUUAACAAAUGAUGAACGCCUGAACAACAUACAGCCGAAGUUGGAGCGGGAUACGGGCGAGUUCUAUUGGAGCGCCCAAAAUAAGGAGCAGCAGCAGAUGAUGGCUUAUAUCCCCACACAGCACUCCAAGGAUCUGGACUUUGAGCUGAUAAAAGUGCUGCAGCAGAAGCUGUUAAACUGCAUUAUCAUUGUGGCCAUUGUGGAUACUACCGGCAACAUUCUGUACUAUCAAAUGACAGAGGGCUUUAAGGAGAAAUAGUUUGGGUAUUGCGUCCUUAAUCUGGUUAUUAUUCGCAAAUCUCUCAAAUUUCAAACCCAAAACUUUCUAUAGGCCCUUGUCUUUUUAGAGGAAAACUGCAUUUAUUAAAUAGCGAUAGAUACAUUUAUUCAAAAUCAUAUCAUAGUUCUGCAUAAAUAACAAUUAUGUGUAUAGCCCCAGGCUUUGGGAUGCCCCCAAGUCCAACGACAAUAACCGAAACUAUCCCAAAAAUAAAUACCUCGAGGCUGUGCACAUAAUAAAAAUGACAAUAGAUCUCGCUGCAUUCCGGCGCGUGUAUAAUCAUAAUUGUAAUCAAUAAUCGUAAUAUAAUUAUCUUGACAUUAUUAUAACUUAAUUUCAAUUAUCGAAUGCUACAACUUAGAUACAAAUUAAAAUUAGAUUAAUUAUAGCAUAGAUAUCUUAAGUUUAUCAACAAUCUGAUUGCAUGCAAUUGAGAACAUUUUGCUUGGGAAUUUCUCAAACAUUUCACUGCGGUAAUUUUUGUUUUUUUGUUUAAAGCGUGCACCCGCAUACAAACAAAUCAUUUUUAUAAAAAAUUAAA